CAACAUGAGAGGUGUGGAUUUGCUGCUCUUUUGCGUAGUUGUAAGCCUGUCAACUCUCGAGCAAGUGUCUUGUGCUGAUAAGCAAACGUAGUAAAUACAUAUUUACCCAAUCAGUUGACAAUUAGCUUGAUGGUGGUUGGCCAAACAUUUGUAAACAAUUUGUUUAUGCACAUUGACUUCACCACAGGGAAUUUCUAAGUUUUAAUGCAACGUGUAUAGUCAUCAACAGCGAAAUGUGUUUGCAGAUGUACCACGCAUAGAGGAUACUGCAUCCAGCAAUCAAACUGUUGAGAUCAGCGUUGCCCCGCGCUACAUCACACUUACUAGAAACAUCGAGCAAGUUCGCUUCCAAUGCUACAUAAAUGGACGGCCUGCACAAGAAGGACAAACAAUGUGGAUGAGAGGCAACCGUCGCAUUUUCUGCGCGAAAACCAACAGAAUAUUUGCAUGUAGUAACAUUCUCAUUAUUCAACAUGUCACAGUAAGAGAUUCUGGAUAUUACAAGUGCGUUUCGAGCAGCAACAAUCGGAGCUUCUAUCAAGCAUCAGUGAUGGUUCCAGCUUCAAUUAUUGAUUCUGAAGGCGAAAUUGUUCGUGUUAACGCUGCUGCUUUGGAGAGCGUUCAACUAAAGUGUCACGUACGUCAAGAUUCUUUUCCAAAGUCUGUUGAAGUGUUAUGGCAGUAUGAUGACUCUUACAUUGCUAUUGGAAACACUCUGCAGCUCAGGGACAUCGACCAGAAUAAAAUGGGAGUGUACAAGUGCAGCGCGUCUAACGGAUAUGGAGAUCCUGCUACAAAGUCUUUCCAUCUUGAGACAACAAAAGUUGCAUUGGAUGUCGAAGUGCAAGUCGCUGAUUCUAUGGGUUGCCAGUCUCAGCCAUCAUGUCUAGUGUGUACAUUAACUUACCUGGUUACCAGUAUUACACUGUAUUACGGCAUUUUCUAGUUGUGGACUUGAAAUGUUAAGUAGCUUUGUAUAAAAGUUGAUCAUGUGAUCGGUUCGUAAAAACACAAAAGAGAACGCACAAUAUAGUUAAUGCCGUGGUUGUAUCCAGA